CUGUGGCUGUUGCAGGAGAGGAGCGCAGGCAGCAAGCUCAGGCUGGGUCGGGUCGCAGGUGCCACCGCAGCUCUGGCCAUGAGGACCCUGUGGAUGGUGCUGUGCGCGCUGGCACGGCUGUGGCCCGGGGCCCUGGCUGGCUGCACAGAGGCGGGGCGCUGCUGCCCUGGUCGGGACCCAGCCUGCUUCGCCCGCGGCUGGAGGCUGGACAGGGUCUAUGGAACGUGCUUCUGUGAUCAAGCCUGCCGGCUCACCGGGGACUGCUGCUUCGACUACGACAGGGCGUGUCCAGCUCGCCCUUGCUUUGUGGGAGAAUGGAGUCCCUGGAGUGGCUGUGCAGGCCAGUGCCAGCCCACCACGCGUGUUCGCAGGCGUUCAGUGCGGCAGGAGCCGCUGAACGGAGGGGCACCCUGCCCACCUCUGGAAGAGAGAGCCGGCUGCCUCGAGUACUCCUCAUCGCAGGGCCAGGACUGCGGGCAUGCCUUCGUUCCUGCCUUUAUAACUAGCUCUGCAUUCAACAAGAAGAGAACAAUACAAGCCACGUCUCCACAGUGGUCUACACACACAGAGGAUGCCGGAUACUGUAUGGAGUUCAAGACAGAGUCCCUGACUCCUCACUGUGCUCUGGACAAUCGUCCCCUGACACGAUGGAUGCAGUACCUUCGAGAGGGUUACACGGUGUGUGUGGACUGCCAGCCCCCAGCUAUGAAUUCUGUGAGCCUGCGUUGCUCUGGAGACGGCCUGGAUUCUGAUGGAAACCAGACUCUUCGCUGGCAAGCCAUCGGCAACCCUCGAUGUCAAGGGACCUGGAAGAAAGUGCGGCGAGUACAACAGUGUUCCUGUCCGGAAGUGCACCGCUUCAUUUUCAUAUAGGUCGUCUUGGAGACACCGGCAGGGCUCUUUGCCAGUGGGAGGAGUAUUGCUAAGCUGAGUUCAACAUUUCAGAAGCCUCCAGAAACUAUGCCAAGUCCCCGGGUACCCUCCAAUGCCAUGCUUUGCCUCUGAGAAAGAAAACUUAGGGGUAGUUAACAGCCUUUGUUUUUAUUCUUACUGAGCUAAGGAUCUGUACUGAAAGCUCUAUGGCCCACAACCUCGACCUUGCAUUUGGCCACAGAAUACAUGCCUGUUUGUACUAGAGUCCCUACCGUGGGCUCCAGUCUGGUUUAGGGUCUGGUUUAAGGGCAUCUACAUAUUCUUUGUCUAUAUUGGUAUUUUGUUUUGUUUUAAAUUAAAGGCAGGGCUUCACUAUGUAGCCUAGAGCUCACCAUGUAGAUCAGGCUGGCCUCUAAUUCAUAGAUAUUCAACUGCCUCUGCUGGAACUAAAGUGUUGCACUAC